AUGCUCCCAACUUUUGGCUAUGCAGUGAUAAACACAUCAAGUCCUUUGUCAAUAGGACAAACUCUGGUUUCCCCUGCUGGAUCUUUUGAGUUAGGCUUCUUUAGUCCUAACAAUACUCGGAAUCAGUAUGUUGGGAUCUGGUUCAAGAGCAUGGUUCCUCAGGUCGUUGUCUGGGUGGCUAACAGAGACAAGCCAGUCACAAACUCAGCGGCAAAUCUCACAAUCAGCAAGAACGGGAGGCUGAUCUUGCUUGAUGAGAAACAAGAUGUUAUUUGGUCAGCAGGAGAAAAUUUCACAUCCAACAAGUGCCAUGCGGAGCUUUUGGACACCGGAAAUCUUGUUGUAAUCGAUGAUGUUUCAGGAAACACUCUAUGGCAAAGCUUUGAGAGUCUUGGUAACACUUUGCUGCCUCAGUCGUCGUUGGCGUAUGAUACUGUUCAUGGGAAGAAGCGUAUGUUGACUACAUGGAAAACUGACAACGACCCAUCCCCUGGAGAGUUCUCACUGGAGAUUACACCACAAGUCCCCUUGCAAGGCCUUAUAAGGAAAGGCUCAAGGCCUUACUGGAGAACCGGUCCAUGGGCAACAACAAGAUUCUGUGGGUUCCCACAGUUUGAUGAAUCUUAUGUAAGUCCAUUCAGUGUUGUCCAGGAUGUAGCAAGAGGCACAGGAACCUUCUCCUACUCCAUGUUGAGAAACUAUAAUCUGUCUUAUAUUACUCUAACACCUGAGGGGCAAAUGAAGAUUUAUUGGGAUGACGGCAUUAGAUGGAUGCAUCACCUUACACUUCCAGAGAGCUUAUGUGAUUUAUACGGUGCGUGUGGGCCUUUUGGUAUGUGUGUGAGAUCUGUGACUCCGAAGUGCAUAUGCUUGAAAGGGUUUGUACCAAAGUCAGAUAACGAGUGGAGGAAAGGGAACUGGACAGGUGGGUGUGUGAGACGGACAAAACUAUCCUGCCAGGCGAAAUCUUCUAUGACAACACAAGGUAAAGACACAGACGUCUUCUAUCGUCUGGCCAACGCAAAGACUCCGGAUCUGCACCAAGUUGCAAGCUUUCUCAGUGCCAAACAGUGCUACGAAGGCUGUCUAGGAAACUGUUCUUGCACAGCCUUUGCCUAUAUAAGUGGGAUUGGAUGCUUAGUAUGGAAUGGAAGGCUUGUAGACACAGUUCAGUUUAUGACUAAUGGAGAGACUCUCUCCAUCCGUCUUGCAAGUUCGGAAUUAGCAUCUGGAAGCAGUAGAACAAAGAUUAUCGUAGGUAUCACUGCCAGUCUUACCAUUUUAGCAAUCUUGGUCUCUGCCGCAAUCAUGUUCUGGAGAAACAGAGCGAAACAUAAUGAACCAACUCCUAUUGUCAUGGAUGCUUUACAAGAUGCAUGGAAGAAUGAUUUCCAACCACAAGAUAUCUCAGGCGUAAAUUUCUUUGACAUGCAUACCUUACGAACAGCCACCGAUAACUUCAGUGCCUCAAAUAAACUUGGCCAAGGUGGAUUUGGUCCUGUUUACAAGGGAAAGCUGCUAGAUGGGAAGGAAAUAGCUGUUAAACGUCUAGCUAGUAGCUCUGAUCAGGGUACAAUGGAGUUCUUGAAUGAGAUAACACUAAUCUCAAAACUACAACAUAGAAACCUGGUUCGUCUUUUGGGAUACUGCAUUGAAGGGGAAGAGAAGCUGUUGAUAUAUGAGUUUAUGGUCAACAAAAGCCUCGACAUAUUUCUCUUUGAUUCAACUCUAAAGUUCGAGCUUGAUUGGCCAAAGAGAUUCGAUAUCAUACAAGGGAUUGCGCGUGGACUUCUCUAUCUCCACCGUGACUCACGCCUCAGGGUCAUUCACAGAGAUCUUAAGGUCAGCAAUAUUCUUCUGGACGAGAAGAUGAUCCCAAAGAUAUCAGAUUUUGGACUGGCUCGGAUGUUUCAGGGAACGCAGUAUCAGGACAAUACUCACAGGGUUGUAGGAACUCUAGGAUAUAUGUCUCCUGAGUAUGCAUGGGCAGGGUUGUUCUCUGAGAAGUCUGACAUCUACAGCCUCGGAGUACUGAUGUUGGAAAUUAUCAGCGGUAAGAAGAUUUCAAGGUUCACCUUUGGAGAUGGAAGCAAAGGCCUUCUUGCAUAUGCAUGGGAAUCUUGGCGUGAUACCGGAGGAUCGGAUCUUCUUGAUGGAGAUCUUGCCGAUUCCUGCAAUGCAUUCGAAGUUGCUAGGUGUGUUCAGAUUGGUCUUCUCUGUGUUCAACACGAAUAUGUCGAUAGACCCAACACUCUUCAACUAUUGUCGAUGAUUACUUCAACAACGGAUCUUCCCACACCAAAGCAGCCAGUGUUUGCGGCGCAAACUCUAAACGAUGCGUCAAUGUCACGGUCAAAGUCUAAAGAUUACUUCUCUGUCAAUGAGUUAACACAAUCUGUGGUACAAGGACGAUGA